AUGCCGUCAGGCUGUGGAUUUAUUCGAGUGAAGUUGCUUCAGGUGGAGCGUGGAUCUACCAUGCAGAAUUGCCAGGAUCCAUUUGAUCCUUAUAUAGCGAUCAAUGUUAAAGAGACAGUAGAUAUUCCAGGUCGUGGACCACAAUUAAUACAAAAGAAAAGGACUUUAUAUCCCAAUUGGAAUUCCUGUUUUGAUGCUCAUAUUUACGAAGGUAGAGUUAUUAAUAUUGUGGUCAUGGAGAGACCAACAAAGUUUUUAGCUGAUAUCAGUAUUGGUGCUAAAAUGCUAGCUGAGAAAUGUAAUGAUAGCAAUGUAACAACAGUAUGGUUGGAUUUACGACCCUCUGGUAAAUUACAGAUACAAAUUCGUUAUUUUAAUGAAAAUAAUGUUAGUAAAAACAGUACAACAGAAGAUGAUUUUAAACGAGGUUUCAAUAGGCGUGGUGCCAUUAAACAACAGAAAGUUCAUGAGGUCAAAGGUCAUCAAUUUAUUGCCAAGUUUUUCCGUCAACCUGCAUUCUGUUCAUUCUGUAGUUUAUUUCUAUGGGGACUAAAUAAACAGGGAUACCAAUGUAAAGUAUGUAAUUGUGCUGUACAUAAGAAAUGUCAUGAAAAGAUACUGGGUAAAUGUCCUGGCAGUGCUAAAGAUAGUCGUGAAACUAAGAUAUUAUCAGAACGUUUUAAUGUUAAUAUUCCACAUCGUUUUAAGAUUAAUAAUUAUAUGUCACCAACAUUCUGUGAUCAUUGUGGUACUAUGUUAUAUGGUUUAUUUAGACAAGGAUUAAAAUGUGAAGUUUGUAACAGUAAUUGUCAUAAAAAAUGUGAAAAGUUUAUGCCAAAUUUAUGUGGUGUAAAUCAGAAGAUUUUAGCAGAUGCUCUUUCACAAGUUCGUAUAUCAACUCCAAGAACCAGUCAGUCAUCUCAGAAAGAAGAAGAGGAUGAGGACAGUGAUAGUGAGAGUUAUCAGCCCAUACCUGAAGGUACUGGACCAACAAGACUACCAUCAGAAACUACAGUUAAACGAUUUACACAGAAUGAUUUUAAUUAUCUCAGAGUUCUGGGUAAAGGAAGCUUUGGCAAGGUAUUAUUAGCUGAAUUGAAAGGAAGUAAUCAAUAUUUUGCUAUUAAAGCAUUAAAAAAAGAGAUUGUAUUAGAAGAUGAUGAUGUUGAAUGUACUCUGAUAGAGAGAAGAAUUUUAGCUCUUGGUUGUAAACAUCCCUUCUUAACACAUCUACACAGUACAUUUCAAUCACCUACACAUUUGUUUUUUGUUAUGGAAUAUUUGAAUGGAGGUGAUCUUAUGUUUCACAUACAGUUAACUGGUAAAUUUGAUUAUGAAAGAGCCCAAUUCUAUGGUGCAGAAAUUGUAUGUGGUCUACAGUUUCUACAUAGAAAUGGAGUAAUAUACCGAGAUUUAAAAUUAGACAAUGUAUUACUUGAUAAAUCAGGACAUAUUAAAAUAGCAGAUUUUGGAAUGUGUAAAGAAAAUAUAUUCGAGGAUAAGAAAGCAUCAACAUUCUGUGGUACACCUGAUUAUAUUGCUCCUGAGAUUUUGAGUGGACACAAAUAUAAUGCAUCGGUAGAUUACUGGUCAUUUGGUGUAUUAUUAUAUGAGAUGUUGAUUGGUCAAUCUCCUUUCCAUGGUGAUGAUGAAGAUGAUUUAUUUAAAUCAAUUUUACAUGAUACCCCGCGCUAUCCUCAUUCAUUACCAAAAGAAGCGGCCAUUUUACUCAGUCUGUUAUUUGAAAGAAAUCCAUUAAUAAGAAUGGGUAUGCCUGGUUGUGGUAAUGGACCUGUAAGAUCCCAGCCAUUCUUCCGUAAUAUAGAUUGGGAGAAAUUAGAAAACAGAGAAAUAACGCCACCAUUUCUACCAAAGAUCAAAUCUGCUAGUGAUAGUUCAAACUUUGAUAAAGACUUUACCAUGGAGAAACCUCAAUUUACACCUACCCAGAAAGAAUUACUGAAAACCAUGAAUCAAGCUGUAUUUAAAAACUUUUCAUUUACCAGCAAUGCUGCUUUAAAUUCCUGA